CAACUCUACGCCUCGAGCUGUCGACUAUAUCUGGAUGGUUUCAUCCGACCCUCACUUCAACGGAUUCCUCAGGACAUCAUAGUCGUUGUCACUCUCGAGCAUACCUCGGUACCGAUGGACAAUAUAUCACACGACUUCAUAUUCUUCGAGACGCCAUCCAUCCUCCGAGCGCCGAUCUCCCAAUCGUCCUCGGGCUGCCAGGCAGCCUCUCCACCAUAGUGAUUCCAGGACUUGGACAAUAGGGCGCUGCUCUCAGACGUCGUCACAUUCUAACUACGUGAAAGGAGAGGUGCGAAGGGAGGGCGUAGUGGGAAGGGAUGAAAGGAGAGAAUAGUGGGGGAGGGGGGGAGGGGGAGGGGACGAUGGCGGACGAGGGGGAGGGAGGGGGAUUGGGUGACUGGGGAGGAGUCUGGGUAUGCCUUUGGCAUUAUUUAUUAGAGAGCUAUUCGCACGCUUUAAUUCACGCUAGUGAAAUACCUCAUCGUACUCAUUCACCAAAUCAUCGACCAAAUCACUUCUACCCCUCUCUGAGCCCCGCGCAGCUCACAGCGCAGGAGUCUAACUCUGACUCGAAACAACGUACUCAUUCAACAAAUUACCCACCAAGUUAUUCUGCCUCCCUGAGCCACUCGCAGCUCACAGUGCCGGCGCCUAACUUAGCCUCGAAACAACGGUCCAUAUCCCCCCGUAUUCUCCGAAUCGUGCUCAGCUCACACCGUCUACCCAGGCCCCACCCUACUCGUGGGAGUCGCUUGUUUUAUGAGCGGCUCUAAAGAGUGGGACCUGUCUCUGUUUAUUUCUAGGUAAUUGAUCACGACUAAUGGCUUGCACUAAUGUAGCCAUCUCGCAUGGCAAACCCCCUCCUCCUGCUAGGUUGCGCGCCACAGUCCAAGCCCUGCAUCCACCCACACUCACACUGGGUCCUGGCACUCCGAGUCUCUCCCACCCACUACACUCUUUACUCCCUUCUACCCAACACAAACACACUCUCAUCCCGCUCCGUCUCCAGCGACGAGAUCACGCAGUCCGUGCAUCCCAGCUCAGGGUGCAUCGUGGCGUACAUCCCGGCCUCCGAGACCUCGUCGCUGGAGCACGCUCUCCAAUCUCUCACUUACCCUACCCCCCCUUCGACACCUCCGCCUUCCACCCCGCACGACGACGACGACGACGACGACUGUCCAUGCCACGCCCGUUGGCCCGACACUCUUCGUACCUUGCGUACCACGAUCAAUAAUGACGACAUCACUUUCCUCAUCCGAGACGAAGAGGAGAUGCGUAAUGAGAUGGAGAAACGACAUGGACAAUGGUCCUCAAGCACACGUUCUUUAUCGUUUAUUGAUUGGCUGGCUUCGGUCAUGAUAUAGACACCAUGGGCACUGAUUCGGAUGCGCAUUUAUGAUCAUUUAUAGUUGUAUACCUUAUUCAUUCAUCAUGUUUUCGCACCCCACUCACUUUCCAUCGUCUCUAUCAUCUCAUCAUCACGAUACCAUUCUGCAUAGCAAUUCUGUACUCCUACAUCAUUGGUUGUCGUUGCAUUUUCCUCUCUCUCUUGCGAUACGUCGCCUUACGGCCUUAUACUCGCUAGGCCUUCGUCUUCCUCACUCGAUUCUUCCUCUACCCCAUCCAUAACAUAUGACAUAUCCACCUUCUCAUAUUUAUGCAUCUUUGGUCAUUGUUGUAUACUUCUAUCGUCAUACCAUCUCACACGACCUCAAUAAUACCUAGCCGGUCUUCGUAUUCACUUCUUCGUUCUUACCUCCCGAUGUAUUUUCUUCGCGACCAUUACACGUACUUACCAUUCUAUGGGCUAACUACUGUACACAGUGUAUAACUCGACGAGCCCUCCCAGCCUGACUCUACGUUGUGACGCCCCUUCCCCCUGUCUCGGUUUUACUGCCUCCUCCCGUUCAACUUCUUACGUAUCGGACCCUCGUCUAAAACGGCGCCAGGAUGGGCCGGAGUGGUGGGGGGCGUAGCCUGAAACCACUCAUUCGUUGUGUACCAAGGGUUAACUUUCACGGCGGCUCACAUGUUUGCGUCUGACAUAGGGUGUUUUUGCCCCAAUGGACAAUAAACUUGAUUCAAAAAAAAUACUCGACAAGCCAUGUACGAUAACAUACCAUGAUAGUCCUUGCAUAUUUUCUUGCAUACUCCUUAUGCCAUUCACCCUACAUGUUCC